GUCCUAUUGGGUUCACUGAUUAGCCAAUCAGCAAGGGGCUCUGCAGGUCGACGCUCUGAUUGGCCGGUCUUGGGGGCGGAGCCUCCCCGGCUGUCAGGGAUAGCAGUGUAUGGAAGCGGUCCCCGUUUGGGCACUGAGGAGUGGCAGCGACUAUCGGUGGGACUGCCGUCCGGGGACGGGGAAGGGCCUGAGGCUGCCGUCCCGCUGACCGUGAGCAACUUCGGCCUGCCGGGAGCCCGGGGCGCAGGUCCGGAGCCGGGAGGCCCUGACCCUUGAACUCUGACUUGGCCCCUGGGUGAAAGUGACCAGUACUACCAACAGUAAGGAUCACGGCCGGCGCCCCGGUAGCGCUUUAUGGUUUGCCAGGAGCUUCACUUACGUGGAGGAUACAGGCUCAACAUGUUGCCCGAAGCUUUGCUGGUGUCGGCGCCUGGGAAAGUCAUCCUUCAUGGGGAGCAUGCCGUGGUCCAUGGCAAGAUCGCGUUGGCUGAAGCCUUGAACUUGAGAACGUUCCUGCGGAUAAAGCCCCGCAAAGACGAGAAAGUGAGGCUCAGCCUGCCGAACAUAGGGGCGGAGAGGGACUGGGACGUUUCCAAGCUCCAGCUGCUGCGUGAGGCCUUCGUAGACUCCGGGGAACCCACAGCUCCGACGCCAGAGCAAGUGGAAAAGCUGAAGGUGUUUGUGGGCUUCAUGACGGGCUCCGCCGACAGUGAAUGCCUGGCCCUGCUGGCCUUCCUCUAUUUGUACUUAUUUAUUUGCAGGAAGCAGAGACCUCUGCCCAGCAUGGACAUCGUGGUGUGGUCUGAGCUGCCCACCGGGGCGGGCCUUGGCUCCAGCGCUGCCUACUCGGUCUGCUUGGCAGCUGCCCUGCUGGCCUCCUGUGAAGAGAUCACGGGUCACCUGAGGGAAGGUGCCGCCAGUGGCCGGUGGACCGAGGAGGAGCUGAAGUUGAUUAACAGGUGGGCCUUUCUGGGAGAGAAGGUCAUUCAUGGGAACCCGUCUGGUGUGGAUAACUCUAUCAGCACUUGGGGCGGAGCCCUUCGAUUCCAAGCAGGGAACAUUUUGUCUUUACAGAGGAUACCGGUCUUGAGAAUUCUCCUGACCAACACCAAGGUGCCCCGCAGCACCAAGGCCCUGGUGGCUGGUGUCAAAGACAAGCUGGUAAAGUUCCCAGAGAUAAUGAACCCAUUGCUGGCUUCAAUCAAUGCUAUUUCCCAGGAGUGUGAGCGCGUGCUGGGUGUGAUGGCGGUGGCCCCGGCCCCCGAGCAUUACGUGGUGUUGGAAGAGCUCAUUGACAUGAACCAGCAUCACCUCAAUGCCAUUGGAGUGGGCCACGCCUCCCUGGACAGGCUGUGCCAGGUCACAGCGUCCCAUGGGCUGCACAGCAAGCUGACGGGGGCUGGCGGCGGGGGCUGCGGCUUCACCCUUCUCAGACCAGGUCUGGAGCAGUCUGUGGUGGAAGCCACCAAACAGGCCCUCAUCGGCUGUGGGUUCGAGUGCUGGGAGACCACCAUCGGGGCUCCCGGAGUCUCCCUCCAUUCCGAGUCCUCCUUAAAGGCUGACGUGCUGCAGGCCUUGAACAGCUCCUAGGGUGAUGCUCUGCAGUCACUGUCACAGACAGCGGCUUCCUGGGCCCCUGGCAGCCACGAGCUCCUGACAGACAGCUGGCUGGCCGGCCCCAGCGCCGGUCAUGGCUGCAUGCAUCCAGAGCCGCGGGCUGGCACAUCAGACUGGCAUCCCUCUUCUGUGUAGGUGAAUGCCACUCGCACGGUCACCGGCCCCUCCUCCUCCACUUCCUGAUGCCUACAGCUGCCCUAGAGGCGAAGGCUCUCACAUUUCCAGACUUCCCUUAAGGCCACAUCCCUAAGACCUACCAUAAACGGGCCUUGUUCCCUUCUUCCUCAGAUUUGGUGCCUGAACCCACUUGGGCUGGAGGGGUGCCCUCAGCUCUGGCUGUGGAGACUCCCUCAUAGUAGAGACAAGGUGAGGGCGAGGCGCCUCCUUUGCCCUUUCUGCUCCUCCAGAUCCCGCUUCUCAGCAGCGGCCCUGCGAUGAACUCUUCGCUGACCGCUCGAGCCCUGGUGGACUCUCUGGAAAUCUCAGUCAUCACUUAGCCAGUGCUGCUCGGGCCAUCUGUUAAAUUGUCAUGGAUAAGCAUCUUGUCUUCAGCAGCUAAACGGGAAUUGUCCAUGCAGACCACUCCUCCCAUUUUUAAAUUCCUUUGGACAACCUAGCACCGAGCAGGCCUCUCUAAAUGUCUGAAUGAAUGAACCAGUGAAGACUUUGUAUGCUUUGUGGUAUGUUUAACGUGGUCCAUGUAUAGAGCGUUCUUACCCCCAACAUUCAGCUGGUGUGGAAUGUGAGAACUUCCUGUGAUAAUUCUGUAUCCAUGAGUAUCCAUGAAACAGACUCGCUGCCUGGAGUCCCAGGGAGUCUUUCUGCCCAGCAGCUUCUGCAGAAUCUAAACGAAGGAC